AACAACCUUUCAUUCUCUCUCUCAAUAUCAUCAAAGCGAAAAUUAUUUUUAGCCUUUGAAGAAGAACAGCAAACAACAACACUUGUAAAUACAAAAAAGCAACAUACAGCAAUCAAAUAACAACUCUAAUAUAUUGCUUAUUGAAGUAACGUUUGGAAUACAACAAUAACAAACACAGUUUAAAAGAAUUAUUUUUGUAAAUAGGAAAAGGAUUAAUAAUUAAUUAUUGGAAGGAUGGCACAAAGAAGAGUAAUGAAGGAUUUGACAACACUGCAACAAGUACCUAUUGAAGGAUUGACUGCUGGACCGAUCGGAGAUGAUGUUUUUAGUUGGAAUGGGUAUAUUGAUGGACCUGUGGAUACACCAUAUGAAGAUGGAGUUUUUAAAGUCAAAAUUACAUUUCCAACUGAUUAUCCUUUCACUGCUCCACGAUUGAGUUUUGUGACACCAAUUUAUCAUCCAAAUGUAAAUAGUGACGGGAAAGUUUGUCUCUCAAUACUAGACAAGGACUGGAAUCCCUCUGUAAAUAUAUCACAAGUAUUAAUGACUGUACAAUUACUACUCAAAGAACCAAAUCCUGAAAGUGCAGUUCUUCCUAGCAUUGGUAAACAAUAUGAGGAUGAUCGUGAAGCAUUCAAUAAGGAAGCUAGGAAACACACUCAGGAACAUGCAAAGAAGAAAACAGAGGAAGAGAACAAAGAGGAAACACAGGAAAAAGAGGAGAAAUAAAUUUAUAUAUAUUAAUUAAUUAUUA